AUUACAAAUAAAUUUUUUUUGGAAACGAAUUUUUCAACGACAACGUGCCAUUUCUUAAGCCGUGCACAUACAUGCGGUGUUCGGCGAAUAGCAAAUAUUUGGCAUUCGACGAGCAACUCGGUAGCUAUUUGUUAUAUGGCGAGCACGACCAUACACACAUGCGGCGUAAAUGCCGAAUAUUGCUCGGUGUGGAAAUAAUGAAUACGAACAACGAUUAAUGUACGAAUGGUGAAAAUGAAUGGUGAAACAUUGAUGACUGAUGCUGCUGCUUUUGUAGUUAUGAGUGGUGCUUAUUUACAGUUAUUAAAAAAGAAGUCUAGGAGAAGAAGUAGAAGAAGGUGGUGGAUGGUAUCACUUAAUCAAAGUAGAGAAAGAUAUAGUGGAACUCAUCUGAUGGCAGAUUUAUUAAAGGAACCAUCUGGCAGAUUUGAAAACUUCUGCAGAAUGUCCUUUGAAGAUUUUGAAGAACUUCUUCAAAAAAUAGAGCCAGUGAUUUCUAAAAAAGAUACAAGAUGGAGAAAAGCUAUUCCGGGAAAAGAACGAUUAGCCUUAACUUUGAGGUUUCUAGCGUCGGGAGACAGCUUUAAGAGCCUACAUUAUUUGUUUAAAAUAUCAGCUUAACUCAUUUCCUCCAUAGUUCCAGAAGUAUGCAGUGCUUUAAUAAAAGUCCUGAGUAAUGUAAUACAGGUAACAUUUUUAUUUCGUUAUUUUAUAAGAAGGUAGAAAAGUAAUAUUUCUACAAAAGUAAAAAAACAUACAUAUAAAGUACAUAUCAAAUGUUUAUAAUUUUAUCUGAAACUUGUAUAACACUGCUUCAAACUUUCAAAUUGUGACUCAUCAGAUGGGGAACAUUGUUGAGUUUCUUGAAACGUCGCAG